CAAGCGCAGACAACACUUGUUGCUGUGACGUCACACACACAAGCGCAGUUACGUCAAUGCAGCAAUAUGCCCAGCAAUCUGUCAAGCAAACCACCACCACCAUCGCGGCUACAACAACAACAAUCUGACAUUUCGUCAAUAGGUCCAUACAUAAAUUCGUCAUUUUUUCACUUGCACGCAGAAAGGGAACAUUUGAAAGUCGAUUUUGAAUAAAAGAGAAUGCUUCACCAACCGCCGCCGCCGCCGCAGCAGCCGUCGCAUAGCAUCAAAAUAAUGUCCGGAGCCGAGGAGAAUCGUCAUUAUCUGCGUGCCUUUAUACAGACAUAUCGGGAUAUGCCCGUCCUGUGGGACACUUCUCUGCGGGAUUAUACGAAUCGAGAGAAGCGGGCAGAGGCAUAUCAGCGCUUGGUGCCCAUUUACCACUAUCUGAAGCGCGAUGCGACCGUCGAGGAUGUGAAGAAAAAGAUCAACACGUUGCGCACGAAUUAUCGCAAGGAGCUGAAAGUCGUGGAAAGCGCCAUGCGCACGGGCAGCUUGCAUACGCCACGUUGUUGGACCUUUCAGGAACUGGACUUUUUGAGGAAUACAGAAAAGUUCCUCGCAGUGAAUCCUACAUUCAAGAACGAGCCCAGCUUCUCCUUCAAUGAAAACUCCAGCUCGACGGCAUCCUUCAUGGAGCACAGCAGUGGCAGCAGCGCCUCCUCCUUGCAUUACUCGUAUCGCAGUGGAGUGGGUCAGACGCCGAACAUCUCGGAGAUGUUUCACAAAUCGUUUGGGCAUGUACAAAAGGUAGAUCCGCUGCCACCGCCCCCGCCGCCAGCAGCAGCGGGAUCGGGAUUAAUGCACCAGCAGCCCGACUAUUCAAAUGCAGCAAAGCGAGCCAGGCAGACCCCACCCUGCAGUAGCAACGGGAACAACUCCUCCUCCGCUACCACGACUACAGUGAGCACGCACAACACGGACGAACUGUUGAAUAUAGCCUGCGAGUAUCUGGCGGGCACUUAUCCAGAGGAGGAGUCCAUUGCUCGCACCUGGACAUACAAACUGAAGCGCUUGCCCCGCGAGCAGCGUCUGCUUGCCGAGAGAUUCAUCAACGAAAUACUCUUUGAGGCGGAGUCCAACAAUCUGCAUCGCGGCUCGGUGCAGAUCAACAAUAGCUUCGAGCCCUACGUGCGCUUCGAGGAGCCGGCCGCGUGCCACGAGGAGCAGGACAAGUCGCAGAGUCCCAGUGUGCACACCUCCACUGAGUCGACGCCCAAGUCGAAGCUGAGCGAGCCAACGAAUCCGGGCAUACGAGAGUUCUAGGAUUAGGAUUAUAGCAAUACGAUUAGCUUUUAAGUGUUAUUCAGUUUUCUAUUGACAUUGAUGGCACGAAAAAAAAAUAAGUUAUGUGUAAAUAUCUACGAGAACAUAACGGACUAAU